CGAUCAUUGACACCCAUACUUAAAAACCCUGUUAAACGUUAGAAUAUAUGAAUAUAAUAAUUUGCAACACAAUCAUCAUCACAUCAACCCCCAAGGACGGGGUAGAAGGGGGGAGGGGUGGGGUGGUUGGAAGCCAAGGUGGGCAAUCUCUGUUCAGUCCCUCAGCUUCUCUCACUUUCAUCCCUCUCUGCUUCAAUCUUCAGAAGAAUGGCAACCACAAUUUCUAUUUCCUAUUUUACCCCUACCACCCUUCUCUAUUUCCUUCUCUUGUCCACUUCCCACUUUCCCAUUUUAGCCAUUAACAUUACCCAUCUCCUAACUUCAUACCCUGAUCUCUCCGACUUCACUAAUCUCCUUUCCACCACCUCCGUCGCCGCCGAUCUAGCACAGCGCUCCUCCGUCACCAUCCUCGCCGUCCCCAACACCUUCCUCCGCUCCUCCGAUCUGAUAAACAACCGUCCUCCGUCGUCGUCCUCCGCCAACUUCGCCGAUGUUCUCCGUUACCACGUACUUCUGGAGUACUUCUCUUGGCCGGAUCUCCGCCUUAUCCCCCCAACCGGGAAACUAAUCACCACUCUCUUUCAAACCACAGGACGUGCUCCGAACAACUUCGGGUCCGUUAACAUAACCCGUGACCCGACUUCAAAUGCCAUCACUAUCCAUUCAUCAAACUCAAACGCUACUAUUAUCUCUCUCAUAAAAACCCUUCCUUAUAACAUCUCCAUCUUCACCGUUGAUUCUGUUUUAGUUCCAAAUGGAUUUAAUCUAAUGGCAUCUGAAACUCGUCCCCCUUUAGGGCUCAAUAUAACAAAGACACUAAUCGACGGUCACAACUUUAACGUCGCAGCGUCAAUGCUGACGGCAUCAGGAGUAGAACAAGAGUUUGAGGAUGACGAAGGUGGUGCAGGAAUAACGCUGUUUGUACCGACAGACCAAGCAUUUUCGGAUCUGAGGUCAUCAGUAAGAUUCCAAUCUCUGCCGGCGGAGAAAAAAGCUGACGUGUUAAGGUUCCACGUUUUGCACUCAUAUUACCCGCUCGGUUCACUGCAGUCGAUAGUGAACCCGGUUCAACCAACGUUAGCGACGGAGCAAAAUGGAGCUGGAAGCUUUACGCUUAAUAUUUCUAGGGUUAAUGGGUCGGUAGCUAUAGAUACCGGGAUCGUUCAGGCGUCGGUGACUCGAACAGUGUUCGAUCAGAAUCCGGUGGCGAUAUUUGGAGUGUCCACGGUUUUGUUGCCCAGAGAAUUUUUUGGUAAGAAUCCAAUUGAGGUGAAUAAGCCAAGUGGUGGAUUAGCUGGGCCGCCAGAGAUUUCUCUUCCGCCGGAUAAUUCGCCGGAUAUUGACGGUUCAGCUAGCCACUUGUCUUCACCGCCGGGAUUAGGGAAUAAAGGUACGUCGGCGGCGGCGAACAGGAAAAGUGUAGUGAGAAUAUUUUUGGGUUUAUGGUACAUAGGAUUCUAUCUACUGGUAAUUAAUUAAUUCUCAAAUCGUGUAAUUAUUUUUUCCUGCUAUUUCCAUUUUUCACACGGCAAAUUUAAUUUUGGAUGGUACUAGAAAGAAGCAAUUAUUCCUGCUAACGUGUUGAUUUUGUCUUUAUGGAAAUGAUUUAGGUCAGGCAGUACCGAUUUUUUGGCCUUUUCCUUUUCUUUUCUUUUUUAAUCUUAAUUUAUGUUGUUGUAAUCUGUAAAGAGCUCCGUUUUAUUUAUUAAUUGCUAGAUGAGUAUGUUUAUAA